GCGAUUAGCUUUCGGGUCAAGAAGAAGAAGAAGAAGGAGGAGGAGGAGGAGGAGCUCUUCCCUGCCCUCUGUCAUUUCGGUUCCGCACCGUGGACGUAGGUGACGCCCAUCAAAACCUGGGCUCUCCGUUCUUUUCCUUGAACCACAUCCCGGAACCAGAUAAGGGAGCGGGAGGAAGAGGAGGAGGAGGUGAAGAUGGCGCACCGAGUGGAUCACGAGUACGAUUACCUCUUCAAGAUCGUCCUCAUCGGUGAUUCCGGCGUGGGGAAGUCUAACAUCCUCUCCAGAUUCACGCGCAACGAGUUCUGCUUGGAUUCCAAGUCCACCAUCGGCGUCGAAUUCGCCACCAAGACCCUUCAGGUCGAAGGGAAGACAAUCAAGGCACAGAUUUGGGACACGGCUGGUCAAGAGCGGUAUCGAGCCAUAACCAGUGCAUACUACAGGGGUGCAGUGGGUGCACUCCUAGUCUAUGACAUAACAAAGAAGCAGACUUUUGACAGCAUCCAAAGGUGGCUCCGUGAGCUCAGAGAUCACGCCGAUUCCAACAUUGUCAUCAUCUUGGCUGGUAACAAGUCAGACUUGAAGCAUCUUCGAGCAAUUUCGCAAGAUGAGGGCCGGGCAUUGGCUGAGAAGGAGGGGCUUUCUUUCUUGGAGACUUCAGCACUAGAAUCACUCAACGUCGACAAGGCGUUUCAGACGAUUAUAUCAGAGAUUUACCACAUCAUAAACAAAAAGGCACUUGCAGCCCAAGAGGCAGCAAGGACCGCAGGCCCUCCCGUUCAAGGGACAACCAUCGAUGUAUCCGACUCUGCUGGGGGCUCAAGGUCUGCUUGUUGUUCAAGGUAGGUGAUGGCCUUUCAGAAGAGUUCUUGAACACGAAACUUGUUCUGCUGUGAGGAGCUAUAGAGUGCAAUUGAUUUGUAGAUUGGCUUCCUGCU